AUGACAUUGAUUCCCAGAAUAUUGAAGAGAUAUAUCACUACAAUUACAUCUAAACCAAUGCAUUUUCCAACCGCAAUUGAAAUCGCGAAAAACUCAUCGCCAGUAAUCAACCAUACUGACCUUCGUAUUAAGGACCCUAAAGUCUCAAUUCCGUUCUAUGAGAAGCACUUCGGAAUGAAGUUGCUGUCCUACAAGUCAUUCCCAAGCAAGAAGUUUGACUUGUAUUACUUGGGUAUGGCUGACAAAGAGUUGGCUAAAGAUGACAAAGGCGAGUAUAAGAUUUACAAUGAAACCGGUCUACUAGAACUCACUCACAACUACGGUACAGAGUCGGAUCCUGAUUUCAAAAUCAAUAACGGGAACCAGGAACCUCAUCGUGGAUUUGGCCACAUUGCUUUCACCGUCGCUGACAUCAACAAGGAAUGCGAACGUCUAGAAGCCGAAGGUGUUAAAUUCCAGAAACGAUUAAGUGACGGAAGGCAAAGGACCAUGGCAUUCGCAUUGGACCCUGACAAUUACUGGAUUGAAUUACUACAAUACAAUAAGUCCGACCCCGUCGAUGUAGGCACCAAGUUUAACCACACUAUGAUCCGUAUCAAGGACCCUGCAAAAUCUCUUGAAUUCUAUCAAAAUGUUCUUGGAAUGUCUCUGGUGAAGACUCACGAAGCAACAAACUUUAAGUUUACCAUAUAUUUCGUUGGCUACCCUAAACCCGGGGCUGAACUCUUAAAUCAAGAAGGUCUUAUCGAAUUGACCCACAAUUGGGGUACUGAAGAUGAUGCUGAUUUCAGCUACCAUAAUGGUAACACCGAUCCAAAGGGUUACGGUCACUUUGCCAUCGCUUUCAACAACCCUGAAGAGGUUUGCAACAAGAUUCAGGCCACCUACCCCAAUAUCGACUGGCCAGUGAAGUACAACCAGGGCAACCUCAAGGGCUUCGCCUUCAUCAGAGACCCAGACGGAUACCUCAUCGAAGUCCUAGGACGCGACCUGGUGAUUCCCGCUUGA